AUGGUUUGGUGCCAGCGCGCCAACAACUUCACCUACAAAAACCGCCGGAUACCCUGGCCAAACAGCUGUUCAAAAAGAUUCGCAGACGACUUCAAGGGCAAAGGCGACACCUCGUCAAUGCUACCCAAGCAGGCACAAUUCUGGAAGAUCCUGUACGCCAUUUCCAGCGACACCAAGCAGGAGUACGAUGCGUCCCGGGAGCUCCGCAGCGGCAAGCACGACAACGAGACUGUCACGCUCCUCUACCGCCUGGCAAACCACAUGGAACAACCCUGGCGGUCCAAGGCGCGAGCCCGACUCCGACGAGUACUCACAUUUCGCAACGCCACGGUGCCCAAGUUCAACCUUCCACUCAAGAUCCCCUUCUUAGCCCACAGCGCCUUCAAGAACAACGUACAGAAGUGGGUGUCCAAGCUUAUUCGACAACAUCGGCACGUUCUUAUUCCCUACCACCUCCCGACCAAAACCGUACAAGAACUGCCACACCCCGCCCUCAACAAGGUCUUAUGGAACCACAUGUGCAAGGUCACAGCGCAAGGACGACAUUGGGAACGUGAGCCAUGCAAGUGCCACGAGUUUCUCCUUGAGCAUCCCCGAGCUGAACAACAUGAAGGACACGUCGCCACAGGCCUGGAAGCACUUGACUUCUGCAAGGGCCAGUCCAACCUCGGAGCAGCCUUCGCCAACGUCGGCGCCUGCAACGCCUUCUUCCCGUCCAAACAACGACUACACGACCAAGUUCUCGAUCAACUACGAAGAUGGCUGAAGCAUCAUUUGUUUCCCAACGACGACCGCAUCCUUGAGAGUUUCGAGGCAUUCUUUGAAGAGCAGUGGCAGCAGCACAAGGAACAGCAACGCCACGAACCUCGACUCACUCACAGGCUCAUCAAGCACCUGACGUCCGCCCUGCCGGACAACUACAUCAUUCACAAGGAGGACCGCGCCAACGCCCACCUCAUGAUAUAUUGCCCCAACAUCUACAACCAGGCGGCGUUCAACACGUGGAUGGACGAGAAAACAUUCCUCCUCCUGGACAAGACCCCCGAAGACAUUAAAGAGGACAUGGAGAGGCAAACACCGCCAGUGGUUCGCAAGCACUACAAAAGACUCCUCGACUACAACAAACCUAUACCCUAUGGGUACAUCAUGAUGAAGCACAAAAAGCAGUGGAACAAGGGCCGCACGAUUAUCGCCUACUCCAACACAUGUGUCGAGCGACUUCUCAGAAUUGCAGCGUUGGCACUACAGCAGAUGCUCAAAGCCACCUGGCCUCACCACUUCGGAAACAUCGCCACGCCUCAACUGUGGCAAGAGGUACACGAGUUAUUCCAAGCCAACGAAGAACAGCCAGAACGAGAACUUAUUUUCCUCAACCACGACCUUGUGGGCUUCUUUAACAGCAUUCUGCAGGCCGACAUCAUUCAAAGCGUGCGCUAUCUGCUCGACGCCUCGAAUGACGACUACAAUCACUCCAUCAGAGUCAAGUCGAUGGCCCUCGUCGACGCCCACAGCUUAGCGUGCGACAUGGCCAUCCAGCACACCGAGAUCACAGCUUAUUCGCUGCUGGAGGUGACGUUUGACCUCCGCAUGCUCGUGGCCCUCGCGCAAACAAACAAAGCCGUGUGGCUUCGCUGCAGUCAGGUUCUGUCGUCUACAAGCACAGAGUGCAAGAUCUUGUCGAAUGCCCCCUGGCACAAGCGCGCUGGACGCGCCGUAGCCGGCAACGAUGCAGAGACACCCAUCGACAUCAAGAUGUACCUGUUCAAUAAACGGAUGCACACAUGGUACCACCAUGAGCUUUCCUACCAGCAGUACAUGGACCUUGAGGUGCGUGAGCAUGCAAAUCAAGCAGUGCAAAGUGCCAUGGACGCUAUUGUGCAGCAGCAUCCACAAGCCCACCACACGACCGUGAUCCGCGACAAUCGUGAGAGCUCGAGUGGCUACUAUGGAUCGACGUCUAACACAUGGUCUUUUCUGCUCGCCCUCCAAGAGCGAGUCCUCUCAACGGUUGAGGUGUCUCAAGCAGACAUCUUGUCCCUGAGGGUCGGCGAGUAUUACUGGAGCAAAAUCAACAAUCAGUGGCAGCGAGUUUGGUUUCCCGUGACGAGAGCAUGGCUGUUCGAACGAGAGCGAAAAGACCGCAACUGCUACGCCAGAGACGGCAGCAUCCAGUUCAUCGUCUACUACGAGGAAGAGGAAGCGAAGCCGUACUCCAUAGAGUGGAUGAGCUACGCCACAAUAUGGAUACAUCUUGCCAAUUAA